CACGUAAUCGGUUUACGGCAGUGAAAGAGCUGUGGAAAGGAAGUGAACGAAUUUUUUAUUAGUGAAUUGUGGUUGCUUGUUGGCUCGUUUUUCUGUGCGCUUAACCUCUUCAUACCCAGAUAUUACACAGUGUUUUAACGGGACAGUCCUGGGCACAUUUCCCAAAUAAAAAACCCGGGGUAACGACAGUUUUUGACAGCGAGUAGCGGUAACCGGGUUCCAACACAAUGCUGCUCACAGUGUUUUGUGCACCGAGAGACCGCUCGGAAACCACUUUCGCCCUGGACGUGUCCCCGGAGCUUGAACUCAGGGAUUUCUUGGCUCUUUGCGAACUAGAAUCAGGAAUACCAGCCAUGGAGAUUCAGAUUUCAUAUGCAGAGCAGCCUUUACAAGAUCCCACCCGAGCCCUGGGGAACUAUGGGCUGAAGGAUGGAGACGUGAUAGUGUUACGACAAGCAGAGAGGUUACUAGGGCCACAACCCACAGUUCCUGGUCUGCCUCGCAUCGAUUUCAGUUCCAUUGCCGUUCCUGGGACCUCCUCAGGCCAAAACAGACAGCACCAAGCUCAGCGUCCCAGUGCCACCCAGUCACAGCCACCCCGAGCUACCACCGCACCAGGCUCAGCCCUUUCUCCUCAGGGAUUGGACAACCCUGCCUUGCUACGUGACAUGUUGCUGGCAAAUCCACAUGAACUGUCGUUGCUGAAGGAGCGAAACCCUCCUCUUGCUGAGGCUCUACUGAGUGGAGACCUUGAGCGCUUUACCAAGGUGCUAUUGGAGCAGCAGCAGGACCGAGCACGAAGAGAGCAGGAGAGAAUCAAACUGCUGACUGCAGAUCCUUUUGACUUGGAAGCUCAGGCCAAAAUUGAGGAAGAAAUCAGACAGCACAACAUUGAGGAGAAUAUGACCAUUGCUAUGGAAGAAGCACCUGAGAGUUUUGGCCAGGUGGUCAUGCUCUACAUCAACUGCAAAGUCAAUGGACACCCAGUAAAGGCCUUUGUUGACUCAGGAGCUCAGAUGACUAUUAUGAGCCAAGCAUGUGCAGAGCGAUGUAACAUCAUGCGUCUAGUGGACAGACGUUGGGCAGGCAUUGCCAAAGGUGUUGGCACCCAGAAAAUUAUAGGCCGAGUUCAUUUGGCCCAGGUGCAGAUAGAAGGAGAUUUCCUGCCUUGCUCUUUUUCCAUUUUGGAAGAUCAGCCCAUGGAUAUGCUGCUAGGGCUUGACAUGCUGAAGAGACACCAGUGCUCCAUAGACCUAAAGAAAAAUGUCCUCCUCAUUGGGACGACGGGUACCGAGACACGUUUUCUACCUGAAGCAGAGCUUCCAGAGUGUGCCCGCCUGGCAUAUGGUCCAGAGGCACGAGAGGAUACCCAGCCUGAGGAGAUUGCUGAUCAAGAACUGGCAGAGGCUUUACAAAGAUCUGUGCAGGACAGCGAUAUUGAAGAUGGAAAAACUACCUCACCACAAUCCCUUCCAUUUAAACCCCUCAACCAACCCACAACAUCCUCAGCCUCAAGUCACCCCCACAGUCUCACCCUAGACCGUUCCAAGUCUGCCCCAGCCUCUAUAAACCAGGGAGUGCCCCCAGUUGAUAUUCCCACAUCGAUUGAAUCCUCUCUGCUUCAACCCUUGAAAGUGGGUGAACCCUCUCCAGAUCCCUCUGAUGACAUAGACUUUAGAUCUCAGUCCCAAGGACUGGCAGAUCCGAUAUCGUCUUGCUUGCAAACAGAUGCAGAUACUCCUAUCCCAAGAACUCUUCCCUCUCAGGAACCAUUCUCGAGUACUGUGUCCGAGAACAAUGAGGUGACAGGUGACAUUGUUUCAGGAGAUUCCGGCAGUCCAAUAGAUGCGGAUUUGGGGAAGGAUAACAUUUCCUCUGGGACUGUAGCAGCAGAAUCUCCUUUUAUUAUUUUUAACCCAAGGUCUCAGACUCAAACACUGGAUCAUGAAGUGGACAUGGAUGUUUCUUCCAAUGCAAAACCAGAAGCUGGCCAUGACUUUCCUGAUCAGUGCCAGAGAGACCAAGGUAGUAUGAUGAAGGAUGUUUCAGGGGCUCAACCACAGCUCAUGCCUGUUGCAGAUUUGAACCUUGAGCCCUUUCAUGCUGAGCCAGCCAUUUCUUCUGUCCAUUCAGUCUCCGACAGUGUAGUACCCUGUGAAAGGAAUCCGCCGGAGAUGGAUAACAUCCCUUCUUUGGCUCAAUCCCUAAAGGAGCUCCAUAAACUUCUGAUGUCCAACAAUUGUCCAACAAGGAUUCCUGUAUCUGAUGCUGAUGAUACUACACCAAGACAAAAUGUUGAUGAGGUGGACCAGAAUCCUGCUGCAAGAAACCAUGUAAUUCUGAACCCAACUAUUGACUCAUCCUCUAGUACUGCCACAACAAACGACAAAGAGGAAAGUGUUGCCAAAGCUGACUGUACUUCUCAAUCAAUGAGGGAUACUCCAGACUUAACAACACCAAGCAAUCCAAGGCACACAGAGAAUCAACCUUCUAGUAUGGUAGAUCCCACAGUGGAACAAAUGAUUGAGUGCCCUGAUGAAGCUGAAGGAAAUCAGGCCCUUGUUUUAGAAGAAGGUUCUGGGCAGUCUGAGAGUCAGCAAGGGCAGGACAUUGUGGACAAAAACACCUCAGGCAUUGACAUCUCAGAUGACCUGUCUCAGCAGCACCCGCUUUCUGUAGCAGCUGGCUCAUCAAGCAAUUCCAGCCUAGGGCCUGUUGCAUCUCCUCAAGCCACUGAGACGGAUCCUCUUUUUCUUGGAGACUCCAUCCAACCUGCACCACAGCCCUCGAUGGGACAGUUUCCACUAGAGCACAUUCAGAGGAUCCAGGCGUCAGGGUUCUCAGCCCCUGAGGCUGCUGAGGCACUGGAACAGGCUCAAGGCAGCGUAGAGCUUGCCUUAUUGGUGCUGCUUGCAAGAAAGAUCACUGUGCCCACUUAGACUCCGAAUCAUCUCUUAGGGGUGGCAUCAGUUAACAUAUGAGCCUUUUUUCUUCGUCGUUUUCCUUUAGCAGUCCUCGUGGUUUUGUACUUGAUGGUCUUCUUCUGGCUCCUCAACUUUGCCAACAUACAUAAUGUUUAAAAAAUAGAUUUGUGAGAAGCUGGCCAUAUUUCCCUUUCAACAGAACAAUGAUGUCUGUGCAUCUCAUCUCGUCAUUCAUCUGUGACGUCUUUUUUUUUUUUAAUUUUGCAUGUUGCCUCAAUAGUUCCUAAUGUAUUGUUGAUUUUAUUGGUUUAGUUUGAAUAAAUUUGAUAAACUGCAAGACAUUUUAUAGGAUUAUGAAUAUUACUUCAGGUGGUGGGGCUCGGUAAUAAAGUUUCCAAUCUUUCAACGACUGCAUGGUUUUAGAUCUCAAAAUGUUAUGUGCCUGAUGUUUACUGAUCUUCAAUAGCAUCUUACUAAAUUUAUUUUGUGAAAAUAGGAGCAGAUAGUAACCUGGUAAAAAAAAAAAACCCAUUUCAGAGUUUUUUUCUUAUUUGAAUUGGCCAUAAUGUUCAAGCUGAGGUAAUUUUUUUUUUCAUUAAUUAUUCUUUUAUUUGAUAGUUGCCAAUCCUGUAUAACUUGACAUGUUUUCAAUAGGUUGCCUUUGGAAAUUAUUAAAGAAUAAACUUACCGUUACCUUGUUCUUAUGUGUUCAUUGUCCACCAGACUUCUGUUAAUUAUAUAAAACAAAUCUGAAGGGGAAGUCAUACUUUUAUUAUUAGUAGUAUUUCUUUUUAGCAGAUUUCUGAUGUUGUGGAUGUGGCUGUAGUGUUUUACAUUGUGUUUUUGAUUUAAAUGAAACAGACAGGAAAAAGCUGGUGCUGACAAAGUAGUCUACAGGAAUGUUUUUUUUUCUUCCCCUUGUGCCCUUAGGGCAGGUACCACUACAUAUUGUUGGGAAGUCUGUGUUUUAUUCUCUUAUCUGUUGUCCCUUGUCUAAACACUUUGUUUUAGUGUAAAGUUCUGAUGUGCCCUUUACAGCUGCCUGUUAUCUUUUGCCAUGUCUAUACCUUCUGGUUAUUAUUAAUCUCUGGGUCAUAUAUCAUUUGCGUUCAAUCUAUUUGAGAAACUCAGUUUCAUGUUGUAUACUAUACAGUUUAAAAACCAAAUAAAAGGAAAAAAGUGAUUCUUAUAUUUCAAA